CUGCCCCCUGCCCCCGCCCCGUCCAACCCCUCGCCAGCCUUGCCUUAUUAUACACAGUAAGCCGCUUCGGGUAAUUGUUUUGAUGGAGAUCAUUCGUAUCGAAAGGGGUAUGACGUCGAGGGUUUUGAGGGACAGGGUGGCGGGGUUAAAACAGCUUUUUGGUCUUUUUGGUUGAGGGGUAUUUCGUCUUUCUUUCUCGUUUAAAGCUCGAUCGAUAUAUUCAGAAAUUGAAUUAGAUUAAAUUCAGAUCAUUUAUCUUGAGAUUUUGCAAAGAAACAAAAAGACUCACCCCCAAUCCCCCAACUCAACCUCAAUACCCCAAACCCUGAAAAUGUCCGCCCCAAACCAAGGCCGCCAAUCCCCCUCCCCAGAGGAAUCCUCCGGAAAGCAACAAUCUGCUCCCUCUGACGGACAGGGAAUCAACAAAGAUACCAACAAUAAGGAGGAUAGUAAGAAGGAUCUUGAGAACCUCCCCUCCAACCCCGCCGGCCCACUAGACGCCCACCUCAAGGAGACGAUGAAGAAGACCGAGACUCCGGACGUGAAGUAGUGAAGUGAUGUGAUGUGAUGUGAUGGUUUUUCACUCACUCCCUGACACUUCACGGGAUGGGAUGUAUGAUCAAUUAUUGGUGGAUGGAUCACUGGUUGGGAGGAGGGGAUUGUGCUAUGGGAUGAGAAAGAUGCGUAGACUGGAGGGGCAUUGCAUUGCAUUGCUUGAUUGAUUGCCAGCUUGAGCACGAUAUAUGGAUGGACGGAUAUAUGGUUGCGAG